AAACAACCAGCCACCUCUCGUCCGCUGUCAUGGACACUGACUAAGUCACAGACAAUGAGCAGAUAGCUAGCUACAUUUGUCCUCCGCUGGCUUCCUUUCCUUUGACCUAAAUGAGCAAUAUGUCCAUUGUCUGUCUGGCAAUCUGAUUUUGAAUACCAUCUCCAACAACCCCAAUCAUGUCGGCGUCCGAGCAGCCGUUAGCAUCACUGUCCCUGACACAUGUGCACUACAAUCCUACCGAUAUCGUUUCGUAUGCCUCCGCCUGGCUAGCCCUUGUUCCGCAGGUAUUAUGCGUCACUUACGUUGCUCUUAUUUGGGCCUCGAGGGAGGUUGAAAUAAUAUUGAUGUUCGCGGGUCAGCUGGGAUGCGAAGCCUUGAACUUUGCACUAAAGAGGCUCAUUCGAGAAGAAAGACCUAAAUACAUGCAUGGCAAAGGCUACGGAAUGCCUUCCUCACACGCCCAGUUUGUGGCCUACUUCUCGUGUUAUAUCACUUUGUUCCUUCUUCUUAGACACAAGCCAAACUUCUCUGUCACGCCAAACGCCACAACCUUUAUCCAAAGAGCUGCCGUAUCCGUCCUCGCCUGUGUCGGUGCGAGUGCUGUCGCCAUCAGUCGACUGUAUCUGAACUACCACACCAAGAAGCAGGUUCUGGCUGGGUUCGCGGCAGGUGUAUUGUUGUCCGUCGCUUGGUUCUUCACGAUUUCUUUCUUGCGGACAACAGGGUGGAUUGACUGGGCACUCGAGUUUCCGUUAUCCCGUGCAUUACGAGUCAGGGAUCUAGUAGUGAGUGAAGACCUCACUGAAGCUGGAUGGCAGCGUUGGGAAGCUCGAAGAAUGCUGAAGCAACGCGAGGAUAGUGAAAGCUCGCGUAAAUCGAAAUAAUCCCAUCGUCUCCAAAAUAUACACUCUUUGGAUGUUUAAGCUUAUGUGAUACCCUUCAAACGUACAUACGAAAUAUAAUCUCAUAUAUUGUCCAUUAUUCGGUAUCCGACUCCCAAGUAAACUGUGAAGUCAACAUUUAUACUAGCCAGUACAUGUA